AGCGUCCCUUUCAGUUUCAGUACCAGCCAUGGCCGAAAUUAAAACGGGCAUUUUCGCCAAAAACGUCCAGAAACGGCUCAAUCGAGCCCAGGAAAAGGUGCUGCAGAAGUUGGGGAAGGCUGAUGAGACAAAAGAUGAGCAGUUCGAACAGACUGUUCAAAACUUCAAGAGACAGGAGUCUGAGGGCGCCCGGUUGCAGAGGGAGUUGAGGGCUUAUCUGGCAGCUGUAAAAGCUAUGCAACAGGCCUCCAUGAAUCUGACAGAGUCUCUCCAUGAAGUCUAUGAGCCAGACUGGCAUGGGAAGGAUGAUGUCAUGACCAUUGGGAAGAACUGUGAUGAACUGUGGGAGGAUUUUCAUGAGAGAUUGGUGGACUCCACAGUCAACGCGCUGGAGAACUACCUUGUACAGUUUCCAGAUCUCAAGUUGCGUGUAUCAAAGAGAGCUAGAAAACUGAUCGACUACGACAGUGCCAGGCACCAUGUUGAGACCUUGCAAGCAUCCAAUAUGAGAAGCGAGAGGAAGACCAUGAAGGCAGAGGAGGACUUGAAAAAGGCACAGAAGGUGUUCGAUGAUCUCAACGUCGGCCUGCAAGAUGAGCUCCCGACUCUGUGGGACAGCCGAGUUGGAUUCUACGUGAACACAUUCAAGAGCAUCACCAGCCUGGAGGCCAAGUUCCAUCGAGAAAUAUCUCUGCUAUGUCACAAGCUCUAUGAGGUGAUGAAUAGGCUGGCUGAGCAACAUUCUGACAAGAUGUUCACAAUCCAGGGAGCUCCCAGUGACUCGGGUCCACUGCGGCUGGCGCGGACCCCGAGCCCUCCGGACGACUCUCCUCCUGAGAGUCCAGACGCCAGCCCCAACCACAUGCUGAGGCCCACCUCCCCUGGCCCGCCCCGACCCAAGUCCCCCUCACAGCCCAAGAAAGGACCUCCCGUGCGGCCCCCACCAAUGGCCACCCCCACCCCCACCCCCACCAAAGAGGUUCAGCAGGAGCAGAUCAUUGACCUGUUUGACAGCGCCUUCCCUGUACCUGCACCCUGCAUCCAGCCUAACGAGAGGCCUGGCGAGUCUCUCCUGGACCUGGACUUUGAUGCGUUCCCCACUACUCCCGCCGGGCCGUCCACAGCUCAGAACUUACCCUGGGACAUGUGGACGGGAAACGCUGCUGCAGCUGCACAGCCUCAGCAGCUGGACUCGGGGUCGUGGGCCGAAGGAGCGGCGUCCCAAGGGGGCGGGGAGGGCGAGGCUAGUGCCAGUGCCAGCGCUAACUCCUCACUCCCCUCCGCCUUCCCUGACCAGGCUGGCGACACGGGCUUCACCGCCGACUGGAGCGCCAACUUCGCCGCCGGCUUCGGCGCGUCCGCCGGCGGCUCGGAAGGCACCGACCCCUUCGCCGGCGCGGCGGCCGACCCCUUCGCAGGCGCUGACGGCGCGGCGGCCGACCCUUUCGCUGGCGCGGAGGGCGCGGCCGCACCGGCGGCCGACGGAGGAUGGCCCCCGGCGAGCGGCUGGGGGGCCGCGGAGGCGACGGAGGCGACGGAGGCCGCGCAGCCCCCGGCGGCGGAGGAGGAGACCGCCGGAGGAGACGAGGUGGCCAACAAUGCUUUUAAUGGAUUUCCUCAGACGGACAGUGCUGCCCCUGCCUUUGCUGCAGAUUUUGAUAAGAUGGCGGAGGGCGCUGCGGCUGUGGUGGCCACUGAGGCCCCUGAGGCGAGCGAGGGGGCCGAGGGCAAGGUCACGACCCCACCUGCCCCCGCCGAGGCGGCUGAGACCGCUGAGACCGCCGAGACCGCGGCUACCAGCCCCCCAGGAGAGAAGGCCCCAACGCCUGCAGAGUCACCGGUGUCGGCUGACAAUGUGGAGGGGCCCCAGGCUGAGGAAUCUGCUGCAGUACCAGAGGCAGGGAAGGAGUCCCCCACUGCGGAGGCUCCGGCGUCUCCUGACGACAAGGGGUCUCCCAUUGAAGAGGCUCCGGCUGAGGUGGCCAAGCCCGCGGGCGAGAGCGGUGGCGACGGUGGCGGCGAGGGCAGUGCGGAGCCAGAGGCCGAGCCCCAGCCCAAGCAGGAGGCGGGCACUGUAGAGGUCAAGGCAGAGGAGGCAGCCAGUGCUGCUGUGGCCAAACCAGUGGAGGGGCCAGCAGACAGUGUUUCUGAGGAGGAGAAGAUGCCUAUCCCCUCUGUUGUGAUUGAACCAGCGUCCAGCAACGAGGGAGAUGAUGACCGUGAUGUGGACAUCCUGUCCCCCACCACCACCAGCGACAACGGGGUGCCCCCCACAUCUGGCGCCUCUGGCAUGCCCCCUGGCUUCCUCUUCAAGGUGGAGGCGAUGCAUGACUUUGAUGCAGAAAACAAUGAUGAGCUCAACUUAAAGCAGGGAGACAUGGUCCUUGUGGUCCCCACAUCCCAGUCAGAGGAUCAGGAUGCAGGUUGGCUCACAGGCAUGCGGGAGGUUGACUGGCAUCAGCAGGGGGCCUUGGCUAAAAAAGGACUGUUCCCUGAGAACUUUGUCCAGCGCGUGGAUUAACUGCCCUCACCGUGCUACACACACACACACACACACACACACACACACACACACACACACACACACACAGUCAUACAUACACACACACGAGGCCUCACGCAACCCAAGAGCUCCAGAUGGGGCCAAUCACUCCUGUCUCUACGGCAGGCCAGAAGGGACAACAGCUAACAGAACACUCCAGUCACAGAGGGAAAAUAAAUAUCAAAACACAUGUAAACCAACAUAAAUGGUGAACCCUCGUGGAAACACACAGUAAACCUACUCAAGAGCUUAAUGACAAUAAAACGAUUUAUAACAGAGCAUGAUGCGAUAGUUAUGGUCUUAACCUUCCUCUUGAAAAUCAAGACCUUUCUGUUUUUGUUUGUUUACCUGUAAACAGCAGCAAAUUGAUGUGUGCUUUGUUGGAACUGUGGUGACCUCCACACGUAACCCCUAUCUGUUUAAAGGAAAACUGACGUGAGUUUCCCUCUAACAAACAAAAAAAAAUGACCUUAUCUUCUCUGCACCAAGUGUAUUGUAUUGAUUUUUUCGCUCUGCAGCGAAUUUUAUCAGACUUUGUAGUGAUAUGAUCUAUUUAACCGUUCUAAGUGUUACACAAGACAAAUGUUUCCUUUCAGACAUUUCAGUCAUAAAUGUUACCUUGCAUCAUUGUUAGUGUUCUCUGUAGUUUCAUGGCUGGAUGUGUACGGCUGUGGUGAUGAUGUUUGGCGUACUAUUGACAUUGUCCAAUGACAAGACUUGCUGUGCUCUUGCCAAAUGAAUUGAAGUUCUAAUUAUGAAUAUGGAUAUGUGUUCAGUUACAAGCAUGAAAAAGUGAUUUUUGAAGGAAAAAAAAUUAAAAACCCUGGACCUGGCAAAUACAGCUUUGCAAAACAUAAAAUGUAGCUCCCCUGAGUCCUUGUGUGUCUUAUACCUUAUAUCCAGGAUAACAUAUAUUAACAGAUAAGUCUUUCAGUGGAGAUGAGAAAAUAUCCACCUGUGAAUGGAAUUUUAUGUUCUGAUGAAUUGUAUUUACUGAACUUUAUAUUUUUUAAUCUGAAUAUCACUGGAUUGUUUUUUGUUUUUGUUUGUUUUUUUGUGGGUGGGUGGGAAGACAACAUAUGCAAUAUAUGUGGCUGGUUCAAUGGACAACCAUGGUCUGACUGUUUAGUUUAGCAAGGACUAAGCCACUCCUGUGUUCGUACAGUUAGCCCUCACCAUAGAACAUUUUUUGUGAUGUACAUAUCUGUGUUAAUUUAUCUAUAAGGUGAAUAAAGAAUAGUUAUCAUGGCUAUAUGAAGAUGGCCUAUGUGAUGAAUCUCAGUAAA